UCCGAUUACUUUCCUUCUCGGAUCCGCCCAGACUUUUCUGCAGGAUUCCUAACUCUCCCCUCCAAGAUGGAGGCUCUUGGAGGUUAUCCCACCAAGUCCUCCAACGCCAGGAUAAAAAGGUUAAGGGUCCUGGUGAGUAUGACUGUCGGUGUGGGGUGUUUGUUCCUUCUGCAGACGCAGCUGGUGAAGCCCAGAAAACAAAAUGACUUUUAUUCGUUUGAGGUGAAAGACGCUAAAGGGAGGAUGGUUUCCCUGGAGAAGUAUAGAGGAAAGGCAUCGCUAGUUGUAAACGUGGCGAAUCACUGCCAGCACACAGAGGCGAGCUACAGAUCUCUGCAGGAGCUGCACCGGGAGCUGGGCACCUCUCACUUCAACGUCCUGGCCUUCCCCUGCGGCCAGUUCGGGGACACGGAACCCGGAUCGAGCCGCGACAUCGAGGCCUUCGCCAAGUCCACCUACGGCGUGACGUUCCCCUUCUUCAGCAAGAUCAAAAUCCUGGGCACAGAGGCCGAGCCUGCCUUCAGGUUCCUCACAGAUUCUGUCCAGAAAAUACCAAAGUGGAACUUCUGGAAGUUCCUUGUGAAUCAAGAAGGAAAGGUGGUCCGGUUCUGGAGAACAGAUGAAUCCAUGGAGAGCGUCCGAAAAGAGGUCACAUCGCUGGUGCGAGAAAUUAUCAUAAGGAAACGCGGGGAGCUAUGAUGGCAAAUACUUAGUAGAUAAGGGACAUUUUGCCACUUUAUAUCAAAAGGAGCUGUGCUGGUAAAGCCAGGAAUGCCUGAAGUAUGAUCACAGGGCAAGUGUAAGAGAUCUGUGGCUCUAGAAACAUACACACAUUAUGCACAAGUGUCAGUGUGUAUUGUGAGAGUUGGUCAUUCUUCUGGGCAGUAACCACCAAAGCUAAAGGUUGUUUAGCCCUCGAUGUGCCUUUUUAAAUAAAAACAUUAUUUGCCUUGUGCAUUUUGCAAUCUUUCUAAAGUUUACAGUCUUGUUUUUAAGAUGAAGCCUGCCAUUUCAACUCUUAGUGCCUGAUUUGAGCCUCUUAAAAUGUAUUGCAUCUUCCUAACAAUAAAAUAAUAUACCUCAA